AUGGCUACUGGGUUGCUAAGGAGAGGGUUUUCGAUCGCCAGGGUCUCUUAUAAUACUCCGUUCACUUCGAGAUUCAUUUCGGCUCGGUUUCAUGCAUCGGAAGCGGAAGCCCAGAAGGUUGAGCCCAAGGCUAGCUCCGGUUCGAACCUUAAGACCUUCCAAAUCUACCGGUGGAACCCCGACAACCCAUCAAAACCUCACCUUCAGGACUACCAGAUCGACCUUAAAGAAUGCGGACCCAUGGUCUUGGAUGCCCUUAUCAAGAUCAAGAACGAAAUCGACCCUACCCUCACUUUCCGCCGAUCUUGCCGUGAAGGAAUCUGCGGCUCAUGUGCCAUGAACAUCGACGGUUGUAAUGGGCUUGCAUGCUUGACCAAAAUCCCAUCUGGGGACUCCUCGACUAUUACUCCUUUGCCCCACAUGUUCGUGAUUAAGGAUUUGGUGGUUGACAUGACUAAUUUCUAUAAUCAAUACAAGAGUAUCGAGCCGUGGCUUAAGAGAAAGAACCCGCCUCCGGUGCCGGGGAAAGAGAUACUACAGAGUAAGAAAGAUAGGGCUAAGCUUGACGGGAUGUAUGAGUGUAUAUUGUGUGCUUGCUGCAGUACAUCCUGCCCCAGCUAUUGGUGGAACCCUGAGUCUUACUUGGGCCCAGCUGCUUUGCUCCACGCCAACAGGUGGAUCAGCGAUAGCCGUGAUGAAUUUACCAAUGAACGACUGGAGGCAAUAAAUGAUGAAUUUAAGCUCUACCGCUGCCAUACCAUAUUGAAUUGUGCCCGGGCCUGCCCUAAAGGCUUGAACCCUGGAAAGCAGAUCAUGCACAUCAAACAGCUCCAGCUAUCUGGUGGUGCAUAAGUUUCUAGAUUGAAGAAGCAUGAGGAUGUGCAUCUGACCAGUUACUAUGGGAUUUUUUGGAGGACCCAUGAAUUUUAGGUUUAAACUUGUAAUAAUGUGCACCAAUUGUAUUGUACAUUCCCAUUGUAUUUAAAAUUAGGAUUGAAGUGCGCUACCUUUUUUCCAAAUAAAUGUUUAUGGAACUUGAGUUUA